AAAGAAUAAGAAUGAUGAAGUCAAGGAUUCUGAUUGUGUAAGGUAACUAUUUCUUCUAAUUCUAAUUAAUUCGUCUUUUAUAUGUUGGGAUCUGUGAAAAAUUUGGAGGAUUUGCAACAUGAGCAAAUGGACAAUGACUUGGCGGAUUUAGAGGAUGAAAUGGCUCAUGGUGCAUUGGUGACUUGGCUCAAUAUAAAAUCCUAUUCGAUCUGUGAUCUUUGAUUUUGAGAUUCGGUUUGGUUGUGUUUUGGUUUGAGCUGUGGUUACAAAUCUGUGAUAUUUGAUUCGGUUAUCAUAUUAAUUGAGAACAAUAUCGCAGUUUUCUGUCCAGGCUUAACAGAUGGCUCACUGGGAGACAUGUUUUACUUUCAUUCUUUCCGCAGUCUAGGUCUGAUCGUUGAUGUAGUGCAAGAUAUUAGGGCCAUGAACGGCGAAGCUGUCCAUGCAAAUCCAAGGAAGACUGGAAUGAUCAUUCUCGGAGGGGGCCUGCCCAAACACCACAUUUGCAAUGCCAACAUGAUGCGUAAUGGUGCGGAUUAUGCUGUCUUCAUCAAUACUGCACCAAAGUUUGAUGGGAGUGAUUCUGGAGCUCAUCCGGAUGAGGCUGUAUCAUGGGGGAAAAUACGGGGUUCUGCUAAAACUGAGGUACAUUGCAAUGCAACAAUUGCUUUCCCUUUGCUGGUUGCUGAAACAUUUGCCAAGAAAGCUGUCGAGACCAUGACUUAAUAUAUAGUUUCAUUGUGAAGAUUGAUUUAUGAUAUAGAGUUUCAAGUAGUCGUGAUGAAGCUGA